AUGGCGGCGGCCCAAACCCUCACCGACCGGCUUCGCGAUGAUUUCGCUGCCGCGCAUCCCGGGCUCUCAUCAAUUUCUUCGGCAACGAGAGUGUUGAUCGGAUAUCCGGGGAAGCUUCUUGAUGAGCAGUACAUCAUGCCUGAUACGUUAGCGGUCUCCCUCAACACGUCCGACUAUUUCCUCGCCAUGACCCAACUCGUAAGGCACCAAAGACGCAUGCGUUUCGCCCAGGUGGGUCGUCCCCUGUCACCGGAUGACUCCACCGGAUUCCAGCCGCUCAAACCGCAGUUGGUGGGCAGCAGAAAUGAGAAUGCGUUGCUAAUCCCACUAGCCGCCCUCCAAGAACCCCUAAUUAUCCCCGGAUCGGAGGCUCCGGCUUUUUCCAUCUUUGCCACCUACGGGACCGCAGUACUUAAUUUGUUGGCCAAGGUUUAUUGGCAGGAACAAGCCGCCACGAUGCCGUUGCUAUGUUUUGAGGCGGAAUUCAGGAAGCACUUGGCUGAGAAUUUCCAGAAUAUCGAGUUUUCGGGAGACCUGAUCAACAGUGUCUCAAUCGCCGACGCUCUCCUGACGGCCGAAUACUCCUAUCGACGGUGGAAAGACCCGAACGCCAGCCAUAUCGAGCGAAAUCUGCCCAUCUACCGGCGGAUGGACGUCAUGGAGGAGUUUUAUGUGGCGGCAGGGACGAUGUACUGCAGUCGCGAGGGGUUCCAGGUUGGGUCGUUCUACGAGGCCGUGGUGAACACCGCGUUCUCAAUGUCGCAGGACUUCACCAAACACUUUGGCUGCCGGAGGGGCGAUCCGAUGUAUAAGCAGGAGUGUAUGAAGAAUUUGGUGAAGAAC